AUGUGUGUGCCAGAUGACAGAUCGACUACGACAGCAAAAAGAAAAGUGAAAAUCCAGCAGUGAAAAAUCGAAUCAAUAGUUUCCAUUUUUCGGUAGUUUUCCUUGCUUUGGUGUGGACUUUCAAUGCAGUAGCCGUCCCCGGAGUGACCCGCCGCUGGUAAGAAUGAAAUCCUUAGCAUCCGUUGCCUUGUGGACGGUGCUACUGCUGCUGUUUACAGUUUGCUCCGACGGCCGACGACAUCAUCUGGAAGUUCGGGAUGAUUUACGACGAUACAUCCCGUUAAGUACGUUCGGGUUCUACCCCGGAGGAAUUCUGGAUGUAAAGUUUUCCAAUUUUAUGGUCGUUCCCCAUACCGAUAGCAAUGUUUAUGGACUUUCGUUGGAUAAAACACUUUCGGAUGCGAUGAACCCGUACUUGGAUACCCAUCAGGACAAUUGUAUUCUUCGUGAACCGAUAAGUUCCCUACGAAGUGGUCCUAUUCUAUUCUUCAUAAUGGAUUUACAGCGAGAAGUAGUUCAUCUGAAUUGUUCAAGCGAGUGGCAAAAUACGCACAUCUAUAAGGACGCUAGCCAUAUUCCGCCGAUGCGUGGGAAACGACAAUCGUUUGCAACGGUGAGCGAUUCCAAGUCAAUGUACAUGCAACGUCGGAAACGGGAAGCUACUGAUCUGGUUUCCGUAUGUCGCAACUACAAUUUGACAUUGACCUGUACGAAGAAUAAUCUCCCAUUCAAAGUUUGCAGCUUUACAUUUGCAAUGGAAGUCUCGAACAAAGCCGACGAGGGGCUCUACAAUCUGUAUUUCCACAGCUGUCCAAACUACGAAAUAAGUACGUUAUACCCGCUUCAAUUCGACGUCGAUAUCGAGGAAAAGAACGGCCAAAAUUACCUCUCGGCGGGAGAGAUGCCACUCCCGGCGCUUUACUUCAUGAUGUCGUUGUUGUUUUUCCUGUCCGGUCUGUUUUGGGUGUUCAUCCUGAAGAAGAGCAAGCAUCCCGUUUUCAAGAUCCACUACCUCAUGGCGGUUUUGGUUUUCCUGAAGUCGCUCUCGUUGCUAUUCCAUGGGAUCAAUUUUCAUUUCAUUCAGACCAAGGGCGAACACGUCGAAGCGUGGGCAAUUUUGUAUUAUAUUACUCAUUUACUGAAAGGAGCGGUCCUGUUCAUUACGAUCGUCCUGAUUGGUACCGGAUGGACCUUCAUCAAGCACAUCCUGGCCGACAAGGACAAAAAGCUGUUUAUGAUAGUGAUUCCGCUGCAGGUGCUGGCCAAUGUGGCGGAAAUCAUAAUCGCCGAGAGCGAGGAGGGCGACAAGGAGCACAGCACGUGGCGGGACAUUUUCAUACUGGUUGAUCUGCUGUGUUGCGGAGCGAUUCUGUUCCCAGUGGUGUGGUCCAUCCGGCACUUGCAGGAAGCGGCCGGAACGGACGGGAAAGCUGCAAUUAAUUUGCGCAAACUGAAACUGUUCCGCCAGUUCUACAUCAUGAUCGUUUGCUACAUCUACUUUACGAGGAUUAUCGUGUAUUUGCUGAAGAUUACCGUUGCAUUCCAGUACGCCUGGUUGGACGAGAUGUUCAAAGAAAUGGCCACGUACGUGUUCUUCGUUCUAACUGGGUACAAGUUCCGCCCGGUGUCGCAAAAUCCCUAUUUCUCGAUGCACGCCGACGACGACGAUGAUGACGACGAAGUGGAAAUCCUCACACAAACGGGCCUGACCGAAGGAAUCAGCAAGGUGACCAAUCGUUCGCAACCGCUGGGUACCACAGUACACGAAGGUAACGAAGAGGAGCGGGAAAAUUUAAUCAGUAAACGAGAAUCGUCGCACGAGUAUGAUUAAGUUUUUUUUUUAUUCCAAAAGCCUAUUAAUCCGCUGUAAUUAUUGAUAGAGUACCUAUGUUGUAUCUUUACUUAUGGUUAGUCAUCGAUAUCUAACUUACUCUAACUGCCCUUGGGCGACGCGAGAGUGAACAGUUGUAAUAGGAUUUCUGCUCACAACAGUCGUCCGAUUCAAAGCUAAUUUGUUGAUGGCAGUUCGGUGCGAUCGUUUCUCGUUUUCGACUCGGAGAAGGCAGACUGUGAAGAAUAAAUUUGUAUUUUAAGGGGGCUUAUUCUGUGAUUUUGUUUUUUAUACAUAAAUAGUCUGAAGUACUGUGCAGUGCGUAGAUAUUGUUUUUAAAUUCUUUUGUCGUAUCGUCGACGAGGAUAUAAACUUCUGCCCUGUAGUUUUAGGAUGUGACCAAAAAUCAAGCAACAAGAAUGAUAACAGAUAAUAUUUUGAUAAAUUUCCCACUCAUAUUGAUGCAGCUAAUAGUAGAAUUGAUUGAAUUUUAGAAUCUUGCAGCAGUAUAGUACGCAUCGAUAAUACCCUAAAUGAAUUACAUACAAAACAAUAUGAGACAUUCACUCUCGUCCCUUAGAUAGAUAGUUCAGCGGAAUGCAAACUCUCCGUGUCAAAAAAAAAGAUAUUUUUGGACCACGUGAUUGAAUGAUAGCUGAUUAUGAUGCAUUAUGUGUAUAAAUGAAUUAAGUAAUAAUGAUAAUAAUAAUGUACCAACGUUUCACUAAA